UCCGUUUAUUCUCUCCGACUUUGCUUCCUCGAGCUGCUGCCGGAGACAGAAAUGUUUCGGCACGACGCGAGAUUCAUCACGGAAGGCGAACCAGAGGGCAAAAGGAGUGAAUGAAACGACGUGACGAGUUUUUUAUUAAACGAAAAAGACGAAAUGAAGACACCGAAUGGUUGGUGGAAACCAUGAGGCAUGAUGCACUGUUGUGGCCAAAUGCGGACACAGUUGCAGGGGCAGAUUGAAUGCUGCUGAAGUCUCAAGGUGAGCGUCCUUGUGAGCAAUCUGAAGUCCUAUUGAUCCGCGCCUGGCUGACCGUACAGUACAUGAGCUGUACUGAUGUGCUGAGGUUUGAUUUACUUUUGCUGCUGCUUUUCCUGCCGUGGUGGUAUGGCAUAUUGGUGGUAAGCCUUCUGGAGUGCUGCCAUGAACAGUCAGGGAGGCAGCAAUGUUGACACACCCAGCCACCUGCCUUCCUCCUCAUCCUCAUUCCUUCGGCCGUCUUCAGGUCCAAAACUACAUGUGCAGAGAUCACUCUCCCGUGACACAAUCACCAUCCAUUUUUCUACCCAUGGCAAGGAGGAGGAAGAGGAUGAUGAAGAUCUCUACAAGUUGGCAAUGUCCACAUCUGCCCUGGAUGUUGAUGAUCAGGGAAUAGUGACAGCUUUGGAGGCCAGCGAGGAGUUGCUGUUUGAAGGGGCAGGAACAGGACCAGGUUCAGUGGUGACUCCAGUGUCUUCUGCUAUGACAUCCUAUUCCGCAUUCACCCAUACCCAAAGCUCGGCCUUAGAAAUCCAGCCAUUAAUCACCAGCCUUGGCUCCUCGUCUCUUCAUAGCUCUGCUAGUUCCUCCUGGCCCUCAGAGCACUGGACCCAAAUCCCUCCACCUGCCACUUACUCUGCCUCUUCCACAUCUUCUCCUGUCAAGUCCUCAGCUGUGCACUCAAAGCCAUUUCUUAGCCUUGUGCGGUCUCUGUCUACUGAGGUGGAGCCUCGUGAAGCAAAUGCCCCUCAGCCUAUGCGACACAGACAUCUGAUGAAAACUCUGGUCAAAUCUUUGUCCACCGACACAGCCCGUCCUGAGCAGGAAAUCCUAUCCCACCGGCCCCCUGAUUCCCGGCGUAACUUGCACCUCUUCAAACCUUUUACCCAGCCUCGUGCCACCCCCAGUGCCAGUGGUGACUCCAAAACAGCGCCAUCCUCGCCCAUUGCCUCACCCGAUGGUCGUUCUUUUUUCAAGGUGCAGGAAGUUGAAGCACGCAUUGAAGAUACUAAGCGGCGUCUUUCUGAGGUAAUGUGUGAACCCUUACAGCUGCUAAGCAAGAUUAUCGGUGAUGAAGGAGGAAGCACUGCUAGUGGAGUUUCAGUGACUGGAACAGCAUGGGGGGUCCAACAUCCCAAAAGUCUCUCAUCUAGUGCUUCAGAACUCUGUAGUCUUACAGCCCUUAAUGGCCAUCUGGAAAGCAAAACUGACUAUUGCAUCAAAGAGGAAGAUGACUUGGAGGCUGACAGUCCACCAGGGGAAGCUCCCAAUGUUCAAUUUAUACACAAGUCACCCUCACUAGGCUUGGACAGGUGCUUUAUGUCAGCCCUGGCCAGGCAGGAAGAUGAAGAGUUCUGCGAACUCUACAGUGAAGACUUUGAGCUUUGCACAGACACAGAAGCUGAUGGUGAGCCUGGCACUUUAGCCCCCCUCCAACGGGGUAGCACGGCAUGCAGCGAAGAACCAACUGAGGGGGGUGAGGAGGAGGAGGAAGAGGAAGAGGAAGAGCUGCCUCCGACCAUACCACAUAAUGGACUUCUUCUGCUCAUUUCUGUUGUGUAUGGUUACUUUGUUUUGCCGUUGCCCACAUAUGUCGGUGGUGUUUUGCUUGGAGUCGCGGCAGGAUUUAUGCUAGCAAUAUUUUUGGUGUGGCUGUCAGCUCCCCGUGGCUCUUCUUGGGGUCAUCGCUGUAGACGAUGUAAAAGAGAACGCUGGAAUGGGGUCCCUCUAGACAUCAAAGAGCCAGUCGUCUAUAAGGGUUGGAUGAACGAGAUUUACAGCUAUGAUCCAGAGACGUACCAUGCCACGCUUACCCAUUCAGUAUAUGUGCGUCUUGAAGGCUCUGUGCUGCGUCUCUCCAAACCCAACCGCAACAUUCCCCGGCGUGCCACCUUCAGUGAGCCCAAACCUGAUGUCAUGUACAUCAGCCAGAAGAUCUACGACUUGACCAACAGCAAGAUCUACCUGGUACCCCACAACCUGGCCAGAAAGCGUGUAUGGAACAAAAAAUAUCCCAUUUGCAUCGAGUUGGCCAAACAGGAUGACUUUAUGUCAAAGGGGGACCAACCCGAAGCCGAGGAGGAGAAAUGUCUUGCUCCAAGUGAAAGGACUGAGGGAGGGCUGGGAAGUGAGGAAACAAAACGCUCCACAGAUCCUGUCCUGUAUCUGUUUGGGAGGACAGGAAGAGAAAAGGAAGAAUGGUUCAGGAGAAUGCUGCUAGCCUCCAGGCUCAAGGCUGAGAUCAGGAAACCGACCGUCCUGCUUGCAUCUUGCCUCCCCUCCCACAGCAGCGUUAGCAGCCAAGCAGAUACCUUGUCUCACAGUUGCAGCAGCAGUCAGGGCAGUCUAGAUGAUGUAAUGCAGUCUAAACCACGGCAAAAGGAUUUCAGACAAAAACUACUGGACUACAAUGUCUACAUGGCUAAAUAUAUUAACCACUCUUCAGGGAGCCCAAAUCCCAGCCCUCUUCACAGUACUGAUAGCAGUCCGAGGAGUGUUACGAAGUUCCCUGCAGGUUCUGGUACAGAGACUGAGUCUGAGGCCUGGGUUAAUGCCCUACUGGGUCGAAUCUUCUGGGAUUUCCUCAGGGAGAAGUACUGGGCUGAUAUGGUCUCCAAAAAGAUCCAAAUGAAGCUAAGUAAGAUCCGGCUGCCAUACUUUAUGAAUGAGCUGACACUGACUGAGCUGGACAUGGGCAUGGCUAUUCCCAAGAUUCUAAAGGCCUCCAAACCAUCCGUGGACCAUCAAGGCCUUUGGUUUGACUUGGAGAUCUCAUAUACUGGAUCUUUCCUAAUGACUCUGGAGACUAAGAUGAAUCUGGCCAGGCUUGGGAAGGAAGGAGAGACCUUUGGAGAACAAGGAAAAGAGGGACCACGCGCAUACUGCCUGGCUGAUAGUGACGAGGAGUCGUCCAGUGCCGGAUCAUCUGAUGAGGAGGAUCCAGCAGAAAUACCUGAAAUGCCCGGGAUAGAGGGUUUUGUCGGUGGACACCGGCCGAGCAAGAUCAUGCGCUUCGUAGACAAAAUCGCAAAGUCAAAGUAUUUUCAGAAAGCCACUGAGACAGAGUUCAUAAAGAAGAAGAUGGAAGAGAUGUCCAACACCCCUCUUCUCCUUACAGUGGAAGUGCAGGAGUGCCAGGGCACACUGGCCAUCAACAUUCCACCUCCCCCUACAGACAGAAUAUGGUAUGGCUUCAGAAGGCCUCCUCACCUUGAGCUGAAAGCCCGACCUAAACUUGGUGAGAGGGAGGUCACGUUCGCCCAUGUUACUGACUGGAUUGAGAAGAAACUGGAUCAGGAGUUUCAGAAAAUAUUUGUCAUGCCAAAUAUGGACGACGUGUGGUUACCCAUCAUGCACUCAGCCAUGGACACACGGUCCAGUGUGAACUUAGCUACUGUGACAACCGAUGCCUUGAAAGAUGCGGCUCCCUCGGACCUUGAACAAACUGAGGAUGACUUUUGAAAGCUGAUAAAAAUGUUGUACGAGACUUUGGGGAAUCAACCGAGGGCAAUUGUUAUAUUAUGUUCUUAGAUGAAGGUUAAUGGGAAACAUGAGUGUGUCUAAAUGCAUAGUAGUAGACUAAUGCAUUUGAAUUAGACCUUGAACUUGAGUACAGUUGUUGUUGAAUAAUGCUUUACAUGCAGAGGCAGUUCUGGCAGUGUUUGAUACAUUUUUAUGGUUAUUAAAACAUAUAGCCUUGGAAUAAAGUCGGCUAUGGCUGCAGCAAAAAUUUGAGUUUGGGACCGCUCAUACAUUUACUGACCCCUUAAUUUGGAACGUAUGGUCAGCCAGCAACUGUUUAGUCAGCCAAUCAUGUGGCAGUAACAUAAUGCGUAAAAAAUCAUGCACAUACAGUACAGGACAAGAGCUUUAGUUAAGGUUGAACUUCAGACUGGGAAAAAUUUUGAUUUUAGUGACUUUGACCUUGGCAUGGUUGUUGGUGCCAGACAAGCUAGUUUGAGUAUUUGAGAAUUUCUAAAGGUUACAAAAAUGUAAAAAUUCAAAAUGUCCAGAUUGGCUUGAACUGACAGACAACAGUCACUCAAAUAUAUAUUCUUUGCAUCUACGGUGAGCAUACGCCAUCUUACCUUUAGGUGGGUAUGUACAACAUCAGAGGACCACAAUGGGCUCCUCACCUGUCAGUAAAGAACUGAAACUAGACAGUUAAUAAAGACCACAUAAUGUUGUCCCACUAUUCAACUAUCCAGCUAAGUUAACUGAAACUUUAUCCAUAAAUGGAUAAUUAAUUUUUGUGUUGAGCUGCUGCCACAUGUUUGGUUGAUUGGAAAAUUUAAUGAAUGUGCAAUUGUUUGUAAUCAAGUGUUUGGAUGUUGUCUGUCAGUUGAAACCUGACAGUAACUAAAAGUUACUUUUGUGUGAUAGAUACUAUCCUACUGAAGGUAUUGGGUAUGUCAGAAGCUUUUUACCUCAUUCAUUUGCAAAGCCAGUUCAGAACGCUAGCUGAGAUGUUUCCAUGCCACUAUUUUCACAUUAUGUCUCUGCUAGUGGCUUUUAAAUGGACAUCUUUAAUUGAUUUUAAUUAAAUGUGUGCCACUUUCAGCGUUCCUUAAUUCAUUCAAUAAUGUAAACUAGUGAAAGUUUGGUUGUAGUUUUUUUGUGUACCCCAUGAUUAUCAAUUGCUUUGUACAAAUGUGCUUUCUCAAGGAUAACCAAUACCAUACAGAUGCCAACCCUCACAACUCUCUCUGCUGCCUAAGUCAUCUGUGUCUAUACGAUUAUGCAAUUAGAUCAAUUCCACUGUGUUCAAGGACACCAGCUAAUACCCCAUCUGCCCCAGAAGUGGCACUACACAAGCUGGCUGAUCGAGUACACACAAUGCGCUUUCUGUAGGCGUCAACUUCUUAACCCAAAACCUUUCUGGAACUGGCUGGAAAAUAAAACCCCCAGUACUAUCCUUGCCAUGGACACGUGUGCCAUUGUGCAAUAUGGAGAAGCCAUCUGAAUGUAUAAACCAUUGCCUGAUCAUCUCAGUUCAUAGGUUUUGUUAUGGAUGUGUUUCAGGAUUUACCAGGAAUCUAUCAUUUAUUUUUUAAUGUUGUGUCAGUUUGUGUUGACAAAAUGUGUUGUUAUAUGCAUAUAGUAGUUAUAAUCAUCCUUUUUUUGAUGUGACUGAACAUGUAGACCAGCAGUGUUCUGUCUUACCUGCAAAAGGCUGUUAUAGAAGCAGGUCUCCAUUCCAACCCAAGACAAGUCACACCUCCAGAAUAAGUCCACUUAUUUAAGCUCUUGCUCAUCAAACACUCAUGGGGUGUGGCUCGUAUUUGAGUGGACUGGAAGUCUGCCACCACAUUGCCUGUCUGCAGAUAUGAUUGAAGGCUAUACCAAGGAUUUUCAACUCUAAGUCCUGGAGGCUUACUGUAACACAAGGGUUAAAACAAACCUGAUGAAGCUUACAAGUUUACCCAAACCACCAUAAUUCUGACCCAGUUCCUAUUAAGCAGCAAAUAUCAGAAACUUAACUGAAUGAGCUCCUUGGACAGGAUUUGGGAAUUCCUUCCACUCUACACAUUGGUGAAGCACGAGGUUCAAACUUAAGUACAUGUAAAUAUAAAGUCUAUAGAUAUCAGUUAACAGCACUGAGUAUAAAACAAAAUAAAAAAUGGGAAAGAACCAAAAUGGCAACAAUUAAUCCAGCAGGAUUAGUAGAGCUUGAUUGAAUGUCACACCUGUGUUUUAGCUGCGUUCCUUAAUGCUCUCCAUAAUUCAUAAAGUCGUCCUUGAUAUAUUUAAGACAACAUACCAUGAUAUUUCCGUGCCAUUGUUUGUGGGAAUCAGGCCAAUGUUAAAUGAUCUGUGUGCUUCUCUAUGCCAACUGCUCAUCAUACCUUUUGCACUUUGUGAAAAUGAUGGCCGUUUUAAGUGAUUGUGUUCAGCCAUACUGUGACAGUGGUAAUGUGUGGGGAUGUAUAAAAUGCUUUUGGUAAAACGA